GGGCCGAAGGAGAAGGGUUUCGCAAUCGCCGCUCGCCUUCACUCACCAGUUUAAAGAAAGAGACUCGGGCCCAGCCCGCGCCCCCCUCCCUGAUCGAUACCGGUCUCGAUCCCCGGGCCAGGUGAGGCGCGGGGCCGCCCCGCCGCGCGCACAGACCCCUCCUCCCGGCCCUGUUGCUGUACACAAGCUUUUAUUGAGCCUUUGGAAAUGGAAGAUCCAGUCACUCAAAGACAUCACAAGGUUCAACUUGCACUUAAUCCAUGUGAAGAUUUGCUGGCAACAUAUUAAAGAAGUUAUUAACAGUUUUUCACCAUCUCUAACAAAUCAUAUUGUGGUGUUAAAGGAGAGUCUGUCCAAAUGAGCAAAACAUCACAGCAGAACACCACUACAGAAGCAAACGGUAUAAGUGUGAUUCACACACAAGCACACACAAGUGGUUUGCAACAGGUUCCUCAGCUGGUGCCAGUUAGUCCUGGUGGUGGAGGCAAAGCCGUGGCUCCAAGCAAACAGGGCAAAAAGAAUUCCUCUGUGGAUAGAAACAGUGAUGAAUAUCGCCAACGCAGAGAGCGCAACAACAUGGCGGUGAAAAAGAGCCGGUUAAAAAGCAAGCAGAAAGCACAAGAUACGCUGCAGAGGGUCAACCAGCUGAAAGAAGAAAAUGAACGUUUGGAGGCAAAAAUUAAGCUCUUGACAAAGGAGCUUAGUGUACUUAAAGACUUGUUUCUUGAGCAUGCACACAAUCUUGCAGACAAUGUGCAACCUAUUGGCACUGAAAACACCACCACAAACCCAGAUAACACCGGACAGUAGACACAAUCUUCAAACUUCAUAACCUCGUGGACUGAACAUUAGAGGUGCAGCCCUCUCUGCACUACUCAUUCAGUACAGAGAAGGAAUGCUGUUCUAGCUUUUUAAAGAUCAUUUUGUGGGUAUUUUUUCUCCUUUUAGGUUUAACACUGAAGAUUUGAUACAAAUAAAAUGUAAACUGUUUUGAGUA